CCCAGUGGCCGCUGGCUUCCUGGUUGCGCGGCGGCCCUGAGGGCCCAGUUUAGCCGUGGCGAUGUUGCCCUACACCGUGAAUUUUAAGGUGUCGGCGCGCACCCUCACCGGGGCCCUCAAUGCCCACAACAAGGCGGCGGUGGACUGGGGCUGGCAAGGUUUAAUUGCUUAUGGAUGUCAUUCGCUUGUGGUAGUGAUUGAUUCCAAUACUGCUCAAACGCUUCAAGUUUUAGAAAAGCAUAAAGCUGAUGUUGUCAAGGUUAAAUGGGCCAGGGAAAAUUAUCAUCAUAACAUUGGCUCGCCAUAUUCCUUGCGCUUAGCUUCUGCUGAUGUCAAUGGAAAGAUCAUCGUUUGGGAUGUAGCAGCAGGAGUAGCGCAGUGUGAGAUCCAAGAGCAUGCCAAGCCUAUUCAGGAUGUUCAGUGGUUAUGGAAUCAAGAUGCUUCCCGGGAUUUAUUGCUUGCUAUCCAUCCGCCAAAUUACAUUGUGCUCUGGAAUGCAGAUACUGGCACCAAACUCUGGAAGAAGAGCUAUGCAGAUAACAUUCUUUCUUUUUCUUUUGAUCCUUUUGAUCCCUCACAUUUAACUUUACUCACCAGCGAGGGCAUUGUAUUCAUCUCAGAUUUCUCUCCAUCCAAGCCUCCCUCAGGCCCUGGGAAAAAAGUUUACAUAUCCAGUCCACACUCCAGCCCAGCUCACAACAAGCUGGCUGCAGCCACAGGGGCCAAGAAGGCUCUUAAUAAAGUGAAAAUCUUAAUCACUCAAGAGAAACCUAGUGCAGAAUUCAUAACUCUCAAUGAUUGCCUUCAGUUGGCAUAUCUGCCUUCCAAAAGGAAUCACAUGUUGCUGCUCUAUCCUCGUGAGAUUUUAAUCCUUGAUCUUGAAGUGAAUCAGACAGUGGGUGUGAUUGCAAUAGAGCGAACAGGAGUUCCUUUUCUGCAGGUAAUUCCCUGCUUUCAACGUGAUGGUUUAUUUUGCCUACAUGAAAAUGGUUGUAUAACCUUACGUGUUCGAAGAUCUUACAGUAGUAUUUUCACCACUUCAAAUGAGGAACCAGAUCCAGAUCCUGUCCAGGAGCUUACCUAUGACCUACGAAGCCAGUGUGAUGCAAUCAGGGUGACAAAAACUGUCCGUCCCUUCAGUAUGGUGUGUUGUCCCGUCAAUGAGAACGCAGCUGCCCUCAUAGUAAGCGAUGGCAGGGUCAUGAUAUGGGAACUGAAGUCUGCUGUUUGUAAUCGGAGUUCACGGAGCAGUAGUUCUGGCGUGUCACCUUUAUAUUCACCAGUGUCUUUCUGUGGAAUUCCUGUAGGAGUCCUACAGAAUAAACUCCCAGACCUCUCUUUAGAUAACAUGAUUGGGCAAAGUGCAAUUGCUGGGGAAGAACAUCCCAAAGGCUCCAUUCUGCAGGAAGUGCAGCUCAAGUUCCUGCUAACAGGUCUGCUUUCAGGACUGCCCUCCCCACAGUUCGCUAUCCGUAUGUGCCCCCCAUUGACCACAAAAAACAUCAAGAUGUAUCAGCCGUUGCUCGCUGUUGGUACAAGCAAUGGUUCUGUCCUGGUGUACCAUCUCACCAGUGGGCUGCUGCACAAGGAGUUAAGCAUCCAUUCGUGUGAAGUCAAGGGUAUUGAAUGGACGAGUUUAACUGGUUUUCUUUCUUUUGCUACCUCAACACCAAACAACAUGGGAUUAGUGAGAAAUGAACUUCAGCUGGUUGAUCUUCCAACAGGCAGGAGCAUUGCUUUCCGUGGUGAACGAGGUAAUGAUGAGUCGCCCAUCGAAAUGAUUAAAGUAUCUCAUUUGAAGCAGUAUUUGGCAGUUGUAUUCAAAGAUAAACCCCUGGAGUUAUGGGAUGUUAGGACUUGUACCAUUCUUAGAGAAAUGUCCAAAAACUUCCCUGCAAUAACUGCUUUGGAAUGGUCACCGUCUCACAACUUGAAGAGCUUAAGGAAGAAGCAGCUGGCCACCCGAGAGGCCAUGGCCCGCCAGACUGUGGUCUCAGAUACGGAGCUGAGUGUGGUUGAGUCAUCUGUGAUCAGCUUGUUGCAGGAGGCUGAAAGUAAAUCUGAACUCAGUCAGAACAUCUCUGCCCGGGAGCAUUUUGUGUUCACCGAUAAUGAUGGCCAAGUUUAUCAUCUCACUGUUGAAGGAAACUCAGUGAAAGACAGUGCUCGGAUCCCACCAGACGGGAGUAUGGGUAGCAUUACUUGCAUUGCUUGGAAAGGUGAUACAUUAGUUCUUGGAGACAUGGAUGGAAAUUUAAAUUUUUGGGAUUUGAAAGGCAGAGUGUCCAGAGGAAUACCUACACACCGAAGUUGGGUGAAGAAGAUUCGUUUUGCCCCUGGUAAAGGAAACCAAAAAUUAAUAGCAAUGUACAAUGAUGGAGCUGAAGUAUGGGAUUCUAAAGAGGUUCAGAUGGUGAGUAGUUUAAGAAGUGGAAGAAAUGUAACCUUUCGGAUAUUGGACGUGGACUGGUGCACGUCAGAUAAAGUGAUCCUGGCUUCCGAUGACGGGUGUAUCAGGGUCCUGGAGAUGUCCAUGAAGUCCACGUGCUUUAGGAUGGAUGAGCAGGAGUUGACCGAGCCUGUGUGGUGCCCAUAUCUCCUUGUUCCCAGGGCUGCUCUCACCUUGAAAGCUUUCUUAUUACAUCAGCCUUGGAAUGGACAGUAUUCUUUGGACAUUUCUCAUGUUGAUUAUCCAGAAAAUGAAGAAAUAAAGAAUCUCCUUCAAGAGCAGUUGAACUCAUUGUCUAAUGACAUAAAGAAACUCUUGCUUGAUUCGGAGUUUACUCUCCUGCAGAGAUGCCUGCUUGUUUCAAGGCUUUAUGGUGAUGAAUCGGAGCUGCACUUCUGGACUGUUGCCGCCCACUAUCUGCACAGCCUGUCCCAGGAAAAGGCCGCGAGCACACCAGUGGCUAAAGAAGCCGCUCCUCGGGACAGAGUGAACAACCCGCUAGAUAUAUGUUACGACGUCCUCUGUGAAAAUGCCUAUUUUCAGAAAUUUCAGUUGGAAAGGGUUAAUCUUCAGGAAGUAAAACGGUCAACUUAUGAUCAUACAAGGAAAUGUACAGACCAGCUGCUUCUCUUGGGUCAAACAGACAGAGCCGUGCAGUUGCUUUUGGAAACCAGCGCAGACAACCAGCAUUAUUACUGUGAUUCAUUGAAAGCCUGCCUGGUCACCACCGUCACCUCGUCAGGCCCCUCCCAGAGCACCAUCAAGCUUGUGGCAACUAAUAUGAUCGCCAACGGAAAACUGGCAGAGGGCGUCCAGCUGCUCUGCCUGAUAGACAAAGCUGCGGAUGCCUGCCGCUACCUGCAGACCUACGGCGAGUGGAACCGGGCAGCGUGGCUUGCCAAAGUCCGCUUAAAUUCUGAAGAGUGUGCUGACGUUUUGAAACGAUGGGUUGACCACCUUUGCUCCCCUCAAGUGAACCAGAAGUCCAAGGCCCUUCUGGUUCUCCUUUCCCUGGGCUGCUUUUCCAGCGUGGCCGAGACGCUUCACAGCAUGAGGUACUUCGACAGAGCGGCCUUGUUUAUGGAAGCUUGUCUCAAGUACGGAGCCAUUGAAGUCAGUGAGGACACAGAGAAGCUCAUCUCUGCUAUUUAUGCAGAUUAUGCCCGAAGUUUAAAGAACCUCGGGUUUAAACAGGGAGCAGUUCUUUUUGCUUCAAAGGCUGGAGCAGCUGGCAGAGAUUUGUUGACCGAACUGGAAUCCCCCAAGCAAGAACUGACUGACUGAAGAGUGACCAGUCUCUGUGCCCCAGGGCACCUGGCCUCAAGAGCAGCGGCCGGGGUGUUGGUCUGGCUGUGGACGGUCACAGCCAGACCUACGAGGGUCCCGUCCCCUCCGGGGCCCUCGUGGACUGUUUACCAUGUAUGCACAACAGUAUGUGAGCAUUUAUACUAUAAGAAGCCAGUCCCAGGACCUGUAUUUAUCUCAGAGAAAGACAGGAAUGCUUCAGAUAUUGAAAGUAUAACAUUUUAUACUUUGGCAGACAGCUUUAAGAGUCCCUAGAAAUGCUUUUCAUUUUUUAAAAAUUUAAGAUCCAAGCAAUUGAAUUGCUUUUCACAUAGACUAGAUUUAAAUCUGUAGUAAAAGCAGCUUGUGAGAGCUAUACUGAAAUACAUGCUGUGCCUGUGUGUAUAUACAGCCAUUCAAGGUAUAAACAGAACAGAAACAUUUAAACAGUAAAGGUGACUUACCAUGGCAUUCCUUGUUCUCUUACCUUGAAAACAGAACUGUUCGUUUCUUGGUUAGGCAGUUGCUGAAUUUUGUAAUUUCAAGUGUAUAGGCUCUUAGAGAAAUUGUAAGCUUUAGGUUUUGUCUGUGGAGUCUUAGAUAUUUGGGAUUUUAGCUCCUUCUGUGAUGGGUUACAGUAACCUCCUCUUUGAAGACUCUGUGCUCUAAUAAUUUUCUGUCUUUGUGUUCUUCCAAUGACUGAACUAUAUGAGAUGUGACUUAUAAAUUAUUGCUAAAAAUUUAAAUGUGUGUAACUUACAGAAAUGAUAAAAAGGGAAUUAAUUCCAGCCAG